CGGCGUUGGACGUAUCGUUGCGUGUAGACAAUAUAAUUAUUACGUCGACAAUCGAACCGCCGGUGAACUUAAUUUGAAACGUCUGUGUGUAAUCGGAAGUGCAAACGAAAUCUUUUUAGAAGCAAAAGGCUACUAUAAUAUGUGACGGUAGUUUGGUUUUGAAAGUUAAUGAGGAUGUAUAUCUUGUUGGCAGUUAUCAGCUUAUUAAUAAAAGAAUCUCUACUACUGAGGAUAGUUCGAGUGCACGUUCCUUCGUACCGAGUAAGAGGACAGCCGGCACAGCUCGAGUGUGACUAUGAACUUGGAACCGACACGCUGUACUCCGUCAAGUGGUACAGGGACAAUGAGGAGUUCUACAAAUUCAUGCCACAAUACGACCCACCGAAUCGAGCUUACAAAUUGGAGGGUAUCAAAGUUGACUUACAAAAAUCAGACGACAGAAAAGUCACGCUGCACCAGGUGACGCUUAAGUCUUCGGGUUUGUAUCGUUGCGAGGUGUCUGCGGAAGCGCCUAGCUUCGCGUCUGCAGCCGGCGAGGGCAGAAUGGAAGUUAUAUAUCUCCCGAGAGAAGGUCCUAAAAUAACAGGUAACCAACAAGAGAACAGAAAAGGUGACUACUUGUUCCUGAACUGUACGUCAGGGAAAUCGUACCCAGCUGCCGUACUCAGUUGGGAUAUUGACGGCGAAAAGGUGACUGAUCCGUCUCUGUUGGUGGAAUAUCCGCCGACACAGUACGCCCAUGGACUACUGUCGGCCGCCUUAGGUCUUCGGGUGCCUAUGGGCAGGUCUAUGGAAGUAAGAUGCACAGCAAGAGUAGCACCGGCGUGGCGGGAAGGAAGCGAGUUUGUUGUGGGCAACAGCCAACUAGCUGAUAGCAAACAAGCUAUGUUGAUUGUGAGGAGUGGCGUCGGGACGUCUACAUUAAGUGUAAUGCUGUUAACACUUUCUCUCGUCCUGUUUCUCAAAUCCCUAACGCAAUCAGAAACGUGAUAAAUUAUCUCCCAUCUUUUAUUAACGUAACGUGAUUUAGAUGCGAACGCGAGAUUUGGAUCGUAUGCCUCACGUACGAGGCGCUACAAACAAACAAUUAUGUAGUUAAGUCAGUUAUAGUAUUUUCUUUAAGGAAAGUUUAUUUACGUAUAAGAACUAGUUUGUGAUCGUACGUGUUUUAUUUUCUUAGUUGUAAUGAUUGCAUACCUGCGCGUAUGUUGGAUGAUGUUGUUUUUGUAUAUUCUCGAAUUGAAAGAUUACGACUAGAUGCGGCUUUUCGUUGGCUUUUCUCGAAAUUAAUUGUUGGUUCGUUAAAAAUUUGUGUAAUUUCGAGAGACAGCUGACGACAAAUACGGAUUGAAGUUUUUUGUGGACGCUACCAGCAAUGAUUAAAUUUCAAAGAAAUAUUUUUACAGUACAUAAUACAUAUUUAUUUUAGUUAUUUUAUUUUUAUCACACUAAUAUAAGGUAAGGAUAUGUAAAUAUCGUUUAGGAACGCCUUCUUAGAUUAUAUCUUAAACUGAUGUAAAAAUUAAAAAUAACAUUAGGGUGUUUUUUUAAGAGAGAAUUUUAAUUGAAAGUUGUAAUUUGAUUUAAAUAAAAUAUAAGAGAAAUUUAUUUCAUUAGUAAAUUGUUCACAAUUUUUUUCAUUGUAAAAUGUAAAUACAUUUGUUCUCUGAUUCAAUCCUAAUGAUAUUUAUACAUAAGAUCGAAAAUUCUACAAAUCAUGAUGGAAAAAUGAAUUGAAAUUUUCACAAAAAAUAUUUUUGGAAAAUCAUAAAUUUAGAUCGAGGAAGCUACAUAUCAACAUGACAAAAAAAAACGUUAACUUAAUUAGUAGUAAAUUUUAUAGAUCCUUAUUUUCUUAUUAAAUUAUUUUUCAGUUUUCUGAAUAUUUGUUGCAAUGUUAUAAUGAUGUUGACGUGAUUAUGCAAAAGUGUCGCAGCAAUCUAUCCCAAUCGAACAUUUUUAAAUAUGAUACCGCGAAGAAGUUGCAUCCAUAAAAAUACAACAAUUCUUAUUCUCAUAAUCCUCUCGCAGGUCUGCUGGAAGAGAUUUCUUAAAGAAAUAAGCAGUGCCUUUGUACAUAA